AUGGGCCAUCUACUAUUUGUCUUCUUUGGCCUCCUCUUAAUUGCGUCGAUCCUUUCGUUCAUUCUGCUCUGCCUACGCCGCAAACGACUAGCGAGAGAGCGAGCCUUGUUACCAACAUAUCAGCAGCCUACAUAUUCGCACCAUCGCUCCCCCUCUAUCAACAAUCUAAAUCAGGAUGGGAAAAACGAAUCCAUCUUUGUCUACGAUGAGAAGAUGAACCUCAUCCACAACUCCUCAAGCCCAGCAUCAACGGCCGUUCCUGAAAUCCACAUCACCUUCCCUGAUGAAGCGGGCAACUCUGGUAACAAGCAACAAGGCCGUGUGGUGGUGGUUCACAUCACCGAGUCUGGGAGCGUUGGGAUGGAACCUCUCCACCGUGAACCACUGCCGCCUUACCAGAAAGAAGAUGCCGACCGUUUUCAGUCCCUUGACCUUGACAGGAUAGGCGGGCUCAAAGAGAAGGAGCCGUUGGGGCAGAGGUGGUCGUGA